AUGAGACGCAGAGAUACAAGGACUUUCUUCCUAGCUGUGGCUAGCAGCAUUGUUGCUGCUGCUUGGAUAGAUACUGUAUCUUCUUUCUCUCCCUCUGCUGCAUCUUUGUCUCUCUCUCCGGAUAGUAUAAACAAUCAAUAUUCUGCUGCUGCAUACGACGAUGAGUCUAACCAAGAGCUUUCUUUUCUCGCUAACAACGCCGAUGAAGCAGCAGAAGAUAUCUCCUUUGUGGAGGCAGCAGCAGGAGGGGGACCGGGCGAAGGUGACCCCAGCAGCAGCAGCAGCAGCAGCAGCAGCAGCAGCAGCAGCAGCAGCAGCGGGGAAUCUGGCGAUGAACAAGAAGAACCACAACCACCUGCACCCAGGAGACCAGCAGCAGGCCAGAAACGAACCCUAGAAGCAAGAGAAAGAUAUCUAGCUGCUGCAGCAGCAGCAGGAGAGGGCCCAUCAGCAGCUAAGCAACGCCGCACAGCAGCAGCAGCAGCAGCAGAACCAUCAGCAGCAGGACCAUCAGGAGCAGCACCAAGAAGGUGGGACCUCCCCCGUACAGGUGCAACAGCAGCACUAAGACAACAAGCAGAAGAGAGAGAAAGAAGAGUAAGAGAAGAAGCACAAGGCCUCAAUGUACCCAGACACGAGGGGAGAGCAGCAGCAGUAAGAGAAAGAAUAGGAGCCCUCGUAAGAGAAGGAAAUAAACUAACAGAGAAAGAAAGGAGACAAAGGAUGCUUAAAGAGUAUAUGGAGCUGCCGAGUGUACAAGAGAAAAGGAGACAGUUAGAUAGAGAAGCGGAACGCAGAAGAGUGUAA